UUGACAGCUUUAGUUACUUUUCAGAUGAAGAUUUGACACAAUGGAUAAUACUUAUGUACUUUUACUGUAGUAAAAGACAGCAGGAGCAGAGAUACCAUGCAGGACUUUUACUUUUAAUGGAGUAUUUUUACUUUGCUGUAUUAGUACUUUUACUGCAGUAAAGGAUCUGAAUAUUUCUUCCACAACUUGCAAGGGAGAAAAAACCGUCAAGAGUGUUGAGAGCAGGUUGAAGCCCUGACUUUUGACUUGCAGGCAGCAUUUCUACAUACGUUCACCUCAAGUUUUGUAACUUUGACCAUGUUAAACGUAUAUUCUGACAUCAUAACAAUAUGUAGAUGACAGAAAACCAUUAAGAGCAUAAUAUGUCCCCUUUAAAGAGAAAUGAAAGUGAGAAAUCAACAGCUGCUAAACACCAGAGCUCACUAACAGACUACUUUCAGUUUGACAGUUAGUGGAGCUUGAGCUGCUGCAUUAGGACCCUGCAGAGCUGAGAGAAGAGGGGGAACUAACUCAGAAAAUACAUGGAGGAGGAGGAGGAGGAGGAGGAGGAGGAGGGGGGGGGAUAAAAAGAAGAAGAAAAACAAAGUCUGGAGGCAAAGAAAGACAAACGAUGGGAGAAGAGAUAAAAUAAAGACAGAGACAGACGGACGCUGGGGAGACAUUACGGAAAAGACUGAAGACAGACGGAGUGACAGCUUCAGAUCCAGAGACAGAUAGAGGGAAGAAAGAGAGAGGGAGGAGGAGGAGCUGAGGAGGAGGAGGAGGAGGAGGAGGAGGAGUCCGGGAGGAGGGAGGCAGAUAAAAAACGCACUCAGCAGAGCAGAGUUGUCCAAACUGAGAAGGAUCAGAGAAGAAAAACAGUCUGAUCUGCAGCGUGGAGGACAGGAGGGACGUCUCCGAGCUGAAAGACAAGACAGACGAGAGGAAGAGGUGGAAAAAGAGGAGGAGGAGGAGGAGGCACCAAACCACCCACAGAGAGAAACCGUCCUCACACACAGGCUCACUGUUUGAUCCUCACACACUAUAUUUAUGUUUGGCAAAGAGGCAAAAAGCCUCAACUGGCAGUUUGUGUUUCACAGCAGCUGAGCUUUGACUCACUGACAACGGAAAAAAAGAGCUGAACAGAGGAAGAGGAGAAGGAGAAAGACGCCGGGAGGCUGCAGGAAACUCACAAUAAAGAGCUGCAGAGAAACUACAGAGAAGAUACCGAUAAAUAAAAUCACACAUAAAAAAGACACAAGAAGAAACAAAUGCUCAAAGUUUCAUCACACGACCUUCAGAAGAAGAUCCAGAGAGGAAGAAGAUUUAGAACAAUCACUUUACAACUGUCAUCGCUGAAGUUUCAUUGACUCUAAGAGGAGCAGACUAACAGAAGAGGAUCAUGGGACGUCCAUAAAGACAAGACCUGCGUCCUCCGCUUCCACCUCUGCCACCCCCACCCAGCAUGCUGGCCAGGUUAUCCCAGGGAAGGAGCUCUCCGGGUGGGGCAGGAGGGCUGCUGCUGCUCCCUCUCCUCCUGGGACUGAUGAUGAUGAUGAUGAUGAUGAUGGUGGUGGCGGCGGCGGCGACGAGCGUCGACACCGCAGAGAGCGAGGAGAGCCAGGAGAUCCUGGAGGACGACGAGGCUGUCAGCACCGAGAUCCUGGACUCGGUGUCCACUGAUCUGUCCAGAGUGUCUCCUCUCAGCUCCUGGUUGAUCUUCAGGAGAAACUCCAACAAGGGUGAAAACCGGAAAACCAAAGGGUCCAGGAGAACCUCCAAGCAUGGUCUUCCAGGACCUCCAGGACCUCCAGGACCCCAGGGACCUCCGGGCCCCCCUGCCCCCCUCCUGCCCCAGCAGCAGGAGCUCAUCCAGGAGCUGCAGCUCAAACUGAGAGACGUGGCAGGAGGAGUGUGUUUGCUGUGUGAUCGUCCUCCUCGUGUCUCCACCUCCUUCCUCAGUCGCCUCCUGCAGGCCGUCACCAUCCCCCGCCGCAGCCUGCUGGAGCUGCAGCCCUUCAGCAAGCCCUCAGACUCUGAGCAGAGCCUCCAGAGAGGUCAGAGCUUCAACACCAGCACCGGCCGAUACACGGCAGCCGUGUCGGGCUUCUACCAGCUCACCGCCAGCCUCCUGAUAGAGUCUGGUGACAGGGUUCAGGUCCGCCUCAGAGACAGCGUGAGAGCAGCCAUCUGCAUCGAGUCGCUCUGCCAGAGCAACCUCUCGGUAGAGUCGGUGAUGGGCGUGGCGGCUGCAGGAGGAACAUUCAGUAUCUUACUGACAGGAACGCUCUACCUACAGGCUGGAGAGUACGUGUCGGUGUUCGUGGAUAACGCCACCGGCUCGGCCAUCAGCGUCCUGCAGGACUCUCUGUUCUCGGGGAUCCUGCUGGGAGUCUGACCAGCAGACAGCAGCCUCACGCAGUGACAUCAUCAUCCAGGUUUCCCCUCAGACACCUGCCGUACCUGUAUGACAUCAUCAUCAUCAUCAUCAUCAUCAUCAUCAUCAGCGGCUUCGGAUCAUUUAUGGAACGACUGUUUUUCUGACAUACUUUGCAGUGAACAGGAUCUCAGACUAACGUGAUCUGAAGCAGGUGGUCAGACCUGGAUCAGACUGGAUGUGGUUUGGACUGGUGCUGCUCUGACAGCUAACAGCUGUGAGAGAAGAACAAUCUGAACAAACCAGAUGACACUGAGGCCCCGUUUACACCUGCUGUUAACAUGUGAUCUGUAUCUGGAUGACGACACCUGCUGUUAAACUCUCAGCUGCAUCGAUCAGAUCUCAAUAUGCAGAUCAGCUGGGCGGAGCCAACACGAGCAGAUGUUCCUGUUUCCAGUGAGGGAAGACCUCUUCCUUCCAGCUUUUAUGGAGCUAACAGGAAGUGACCUUCCACUUACUGGAACAUUUGCCAAGAUCCAAUCACAGCGCGAGCCUGACCGCCUCCGAACGUGGUCCGACUGAUCCCAUCACAGCGUGUCACAGGUCACAUGUUAACGGCGGGUGUAAACGGACCACGAGGGCGUUUUCAAACCUGUAGUUGGUUUGCUCUGGUCUGAAUCAGUGGAUCAGGUGAGAACGUUCUCUCCUCUCAUUGGUCGGACGAGUCCGGGGCGGGAAGUGAGAACGUAAACACAACAUGCUACAUUAUGCUAGUCUCCGGCUAGUCGUUAGCAUGAUUACUGUGUUCAGAUCUGCCCAAACGAAUCGGUAUAGAAACGCCCUGAAAUGCCAUAAAUCUCAUUUUCUCAUUUUUCAUAAUUUUAUUUUAUUCGCUCCGUCUGCUUUUCCAAACUAUCAAACUCCAGCUUCAUCUACGACUGAAGCAACGUCUCAUCAAUGACAACAUGAGAACAGAAACAUCUGGAAGCUUUUAGCCACGUUAGCAGCUGUAGAGACGAGACUCUGAGGUUGUUUGGUUUGAAGUGAAAUAGACCGCUAUAAAAAAUCUGGUUCACAGAUUAGUUUUGUCUCGAGGAUGAAUUAUAAUAACUCUGAUUCUCUGACUUUUCAUCUGGUCAAUGCUGAAUUUGUCCAAACCUGCAAAACAACAACAUAAUUGACAGAAGUGGAGGCUCGACUCUUAUUACUAAACUUAUCUGUAUUUAUUGACUUUGUCUUGCAGACAUGAGAGAUGACUGAGUAGCCUGUUGAAGCUUUACUGUAACACUGUAUGAAACUCUCCACCAACAUGCUCCUGUUUAAGCUUUAAUACGUUCUUUAUGUCUCUUUAUGAGACUCGUGUCGGGAGCGAAUCGUCUCCUGAGUUUGAUGUUUGUGAGGUUUUUCUCAUUCACUUCAACGCAGCUUUCCUGGAGUAUCACCUAGUGGACACGAGAGGAACUGCAGCAGCCGUGUGGCGGCCGCUCUUCGUCCGGUGACGGCCGUGAAAUUUUUUUUGCCAAUAUUCAAGUUUUUCUUCAAGUUUUUCUUUUUUUUGUCGAGUCAAAACUGAAACUGAUGAGUUUUUUUAGCAGCAGAUUUCAACUAAUAACUGAAUCAUCGACUCGUUUCUGUUUUUUCUGUACAGAGAUUCAUUUUAUUUACUUUAUUAUAAUAUUAAUAUUUAUUCUCUGGAUGUGAUAAACAAGUUGUGAAUAAUUUGAAUAAUAAAAACAUUUCUACUCCGUCAGUUUGUUC